GAUGGUAUCGCUUAUCUCACCGUGAAGGUGUAGUAACAGAGGAGAUCGCAGCCGUUCAAUUAACUAAAGAGAAUUGAUGCUGCCGUUUCAUUAGCUGUCCCGCACGUGUCCAUUGAUAAAACCGAAAGGUGUCGAUAUCGAUGCGACGAUGCCUCUUGUUUGCUAAUUGCCUUAGCUUGUACUCUUCUUCUUCGACUCUUCGACAUACUAUCGAACAUAUCAUCUGGAUUUAAAUUACAAUACUCUCUCUCUCUCUAGACGCCUAGAGUAGUUGCUUCUCGCUUCAGUCUCCAUCUCUUCUUUUCUUUGUUUGGCUUUACUCUCUCAUUCUCGGGGGGUCGUUUUGCCUUGAGAUUUGAGAAACAAACGAGUUGAGAUACACAGAGACACAGGAGAGGAGGGGUUCGAAAGUUCGUUCAAAGGAAAUGGCGGAUUGGGGGCCGGUUGUGAUAGCGGUGGUGCUGUUCGUGCUGUUGACUCCGGGGCUUCUGUUCCAGAUACCGGCCAGGAACAGAGUGGUGGAGUUUGGGAACAUGCAGACUAGUGGAAUCUCCAUCCUCGUCCACACCAUCAUCUACUUUGGUCUCAUCAGCAUCUUCCUCAUCGCUAUCGGUGUUCACAUCUACGCCGGCUAAUUUAUUUAUUAAUUUGUCCUCUCUACCUACUUUUCACUUAUCAUUCCUCUGUUUUCUUCAUCUGAAGUCUGAACUUUAUUUUUACAUCUCCCUCUAGAGAUUUGUUUUGUGUUUUUUUUUUUUUCUGGUUAUUUUUACGGUUACCUCUGAGUUUGAUUGUGAGGGUUCUAUGUAUUUUGAGUGAUAGUGAUUGGUGAGUGAUUUAGUAAAUUGGGUUGUUAAACUGAUUGAUAUUUAGAGA